AUGUUGGCGAGCCAAAACUUCACCGGUACAACUCGCCGUCUCCGCGAGGAGUCGGAUACCGACGACGAGGUCCUCGCCUCAACUUUAGUCGAUGAGGCACUUCGAGAUGACGGCGACUACGAUGACAUGGAAUCGGCGGGUGGGAGCCUCCAAAUAUCUGGUGAAAAUAUCCAACAGCGACUAGCUGCCGCAGCUACUCCCCUGGACUUUCAAGCCCCGCUACAGAAUCGGUUUGACAGUUACGACAAUUACUGUACUCUUUUUCACUUUAUCCUCAAUUCGGAUGGACCAGUGGAUCUAGAGCUACCGACUGUAGGUUCACUUUCACAUUAUGUUGAUACUCCUACGGGACAAGUGGACGCAACAACGGUAGCAUCCUGCGGAUUGAACGCCCCUGUUUCUUUGUUUCUGUGCUUCCCUAGAGGGAAUAAGCUGAUGAUGGUUCGCUGUUAGUACUACUGGGCUUGGGAUGUUAUCGAUGAGUUUAUCUAUCAGUUUAACAGCUUCUGCAGUCAUCGCAAUGUUGUGGCUCGGAAAGAGGCCGGUGGCAGUGAGGAGGAGAGAAAGCUGUUGUGUGAUAACCCGCAAACUUGGGGGUGCUAUAGUGUACUUAACGUUCUCUACUCUUUGAUCCAGCGCUCGCAGAUGAACGAGCAGCUCGCAGCUAUCAAGAAGGGACAGGACCCAAAGCAAGUGACCAUUUCCGAUAUUGGGGAUCAGAUGGAGCCUGGUGCUGAUUUGGGUGCUAUAGUGAGGUUUCUGGUGAAUAUGGGUCUCGCCCGUUGUACCGAAUGCUGGGCUACUUCAGUAUCAUUGGGCUGCUCCGGGUUCAUUGUCUGCUUGGUGACUUUACGCUGGCGCUCAAAACCUUGGAUGACAUAGAGCUGAACAAGAAGGCUGUCUUCGCUCGGGUAAUGGCAGCUCAUUUCACGACGUAAGCUUUCACUCCCGUAACCACUCUCUCUUCGGCUACAAUCGAUACUGACGCCCGCAUAGAUACUACUACGUUGGAUUCAGCUACAUGAUGAUGAGAAGAUAUGCAGAUGCCAUCAAGGCCUUUUCUCACAUCCUUGUCUACGUCUCACGAACCAAGAACUUUCAGAAGAAUGCCCAAUUCGAUUCCGUAUGUCACGUCAAUCGCUUCUACCGGUGUUCGUGCACCCGCUAGUGCUUGCUAACACCUUGCUUCCAGAUUACUAAGAAGAACGACCAGAUGUAUGCUCUCAUCGCUAUUUGUGUAGCUCUCUGCCCUACUCGCCUCGAUGACACCAUCCAUGCUUCUCUGCGUGAGAAAUACGGUGAGCAGUUUACCAAGAUGCAACGCGGAGGCCCCGAUGCCCUGCAAAUCUACGAGCAGCUGUUCAUGUCUGCAUGCCCUAAAUUCAUCUCUCCCAUCCCCCCAGAUUUUGAUAAGCCAGAGAGCAAUAUCGACCCCUCGCAACACCAUCUUCAGAUUUUUAUGGCAGAUGUACGGAACUCUAUGCUAGCGCCUACACUGAAGAGCUACCUCAAGCUAUACACUACCAUGGAUCUGAACAAACUUGCUGCGUUUAUCGAAGUUGAUCCUGAGGUUCUGAGGACUCAGCUGUUGGUUUACAAACAGAGGAGCAGGCAGACCAGAUGGAUAGAGGGUGGCCUGUUGGAAGGGGAUACUGUUAAUACCUCUGAUUUGGAUUUUGCCCUGCAAGGAGUAAGCCUUCCUGUAUUGCCCGAAAAGAAUCAUGUUAAUCAGUGCACCGUAGGACUUAAUUCAUAUCUCGGAAGCUAAGGUCGGAAGAAGGCUUGUGGACUGGUACCUCCGUAACCUUGCAAAGACCUAUUAAGUGAUGUGUGGGUGGAGGUAUGGGGUUGGUCUCUGGGAUGAAAAAUAAGGGGUUCAUGUAAUGGUGUCUCUGGGUUCUGUUUCCUUCAUGGCGUGGGAAAAAGUUAUACAAAAAAGAAACCAAAGUGAUCAUCGGUGGGUCUAGUUGAUGUUUUGCAACCAACCCCCUUGUGUAUAUUCAUAUACUCUCGGCGAGUAUGAUAUUUCAUGCCGAGUUUUUCCUUUCC